GCCUAGUAGACUCAGGGGCCACCCGCAGCUAUAUCAGUAAGAAAGCGCUGCAGAAGUUGAGGCUGGGACUUAAAGUCCAAAAAUUGACAGACCCCAUUGUUAGUAUCCUCGCGGACAAUCGUACUAUGAUUGUAGAGGAUUACGUAGCGGGUGUCCAGGCGUAUUUCCGCCUAGAGAAAGGUGGGAAAGUGGAGAAGGUCCUCCACUCCCUGACUCUCCUCGUAGAAGACAGCCUCCCAUUUGAUAUUAUUCUGGGAAUGGAUUGGGGAGAAGCAGCCGGGGCCACGCUCCAUUUGAAGGAGCACGAGUGUAGGCUCCCUAGUUCGUCAGGCGAGGCCAAGAUUACCCGCCUGUUUCAUGCGUCAGGGGUAGAGAAUUCCUUGGCGCACUGCUGCCUUAGUGCCCCCGCGUUCGCCAGAUUGGUGAAGAAGGAGAAGUUGGAGGAACAGGUUUUUGUUGCCUAUGUUAGGCCAGUGACCGAGCCUACAGAAGAAAGGCCAAUGGACCCUGCGAUUGCCAAGCUGCUGGAAGAGUUUAAGGAUUUGACUGAACUGCCGACAGGCACGGUGCCGCGACCCAUCCAGCACCGUAUUGAGAUAGAACCUGGCAGUAAAACUCCUAAGGGUGCUGUGUACAGGAUGUCCCCGCGGGAGUUAGAGGAGCUGCGAAAACAGUCGGACGAGCUCCUUGAAAAGGGUUGGAUUAGGCCCAGUUCGUCUCCUUUUGGAACCCCUGUUCUCUCUGUACCUAAGAAAGAGGGAGAGCUAAGGAUGUGUAUAGACUAUAGGGGUCUGAAUGCCAUUACAAUGAAGAAUGCUGAGCCACUGCCUAGGAUAGACGAUCUCUUAGAUCGAGUGCAGGGGGCGAAGUAUUUCUCCAAGAUAAAUUUGAAGUCCGGAUAUCAUCAGAUAGAGGUACAUCAUGAUGAUCAGUACAAGACGGCCUUCCGGACUAGAUAUGGGCACUACGAGUUCAUAGUGAUGCCCUUUGGACUAACCAAUGCGCCAGCUACGUUCCAGCGCUGUAUGAACAAUUUGUUUAGCCCAUGGUUAGACAGAUUUGUUGUAGUUUAUCUAGAUGACAUUCUAGUGUUUAGCAGGACCCUCGAAGAGCAUCAGGGUCAUCUCAGGCAGGUCUUGGAGAAGUUGAGGGAAGCUAACUUCAAGAUCAAUGCAAAGAAGUGCGAUUGGGCAAAGACCCAAGUUAUGUACUUAGGCCACGUCUUAGACGGAGACGGCGUUAAGCCAGAAGAUAGCAAGAUCGCAGCGAUUAGAGAUUGGCCCACGCCAUGUACGCUGACAGAGUUGCGCUCGUUCCUGGGCCUAGCUAACUACUAUAGGAAGUUCGUGAGGAACUUCUCCACCAUCGCUGCGCCCCUUCNGGAAGUUCGUGAGGAACUUCUCCACCAUCGCUGCGCCCCUUCACAGAUUGCUGAGAAAAGAAACAAUCUGGAAGUGGGACAAGGACUGCACACCUGCCAUGAAGAAGCUAAAGCAGUGUUACAACAAGACGAUGGCAAUGGCUAUAGACCUGUAGAGUUCAUGUCCGCCAGGAUGCCUUCAGAGAAGGUCGCGACAUCUACCUAUGAAAGGGAACUCUACACUCUCAGGCAAGCCUUAGACCACUGGAAGCACUACUUGCUUGGGAGGCACUUCAAAGUCUAUUCUGACCAUGAGACAUUACGAUCGUUAAAGACGCAGGCCAAGAUGACACCUAAGCUUACUAGGUGGGCCGCAGAGAUAGAUCAGUAUGACUUUGAGCUCAAGCCUGUCAAAGGGAAGUACAACGUAGUCGCGGAUGCUCUGAGUAGGAGAAUGGAUUACUUUGGGGCAAUAGUACAUUACCUCGAUAUAGGGAAGGACCUGCAGCAGAGGGUUAGAGAAGCUUACACGCAGGACCCUAUCUAUAGUGAGCUCCUUAAGAAAGUCAAGGAGGCCCCAGAGACUGAACCGAAUUACCGCACUACCGAAGGGUUGCUUUUUGAGAAGACUAAUGUGUCUGACCGCUUGUGCAUCCCCAAUAGCGAAGAGAUUCGAAGUCUGAUUUUGGGCGAAUGCCAUGACGCAGAGGGUCAUUUUGGUUGGCAGAAGACUUUAGCCAAUCUGAUGCGCACGUAUACCUGGCCAGGGAUGAAGAAUGAUUGUGUAGAGCAUGUUCGCAGUUGUAAAGUCUGCCAACGUAACAAGACAUCUACGCGUGCUCCCUUAGGUCUUCUCAGACCCUUGCCCAUUCCGGAUCAACUGGGAGACUCGGUGUCCAUAGACUUCAUGGACACUCAUGUCAAAAGCAGGCAUGGCAAGAGCCAGGUCAUGGUCAUCGUUGACCGCUUUAGCAAGUACGCAGUUUUUGUUCCUUUGCCUUCAGAGGCGAGUACUGAUUUAGUCAUACAGAGGUGCUUUGACUGUUGGAUUAGUGAGAAUGGAGUCCCGCUGUCAAUAGUUAGUGAUAGAGAUAGUCGUUUCACCAGCCAGAACUGGCAAGAACUCAUGGGAGUGUAUGGAUCCAAGUUGUUGAUGUCGUCCGACCGUCAUCCAGAGACUAAUGGUCAGACAAAGCAAAUGAACAAGAUCCUACAGCAAGUUCUGCGCAUGUACAUUAGGCCAGAUCAGAUUAACUGGGAUGAGAUGUUGCCCAAAGUAGCUAGUGCGUACAAUAACAGCGUGCAUCUAGCCACCUGCCGCACUCCCAACGAACUGCACAAGUCCUUUCGACCGCGCAGACCGUUUGAGGGACUCAACCGGGAUCAGAUUCACAGAUUGCCGCCCGGGACCAGGGAGUUUGCUGUACAGCACGAAAAAGAACUAGCUACUGUCGUAGAAAACCUCAAGAAAGCCCAGCAUAGGAUGAUAGAGCAAGCGAACAAGUAGGCGACUUAGUCUGGGUUAGUUCUAAAGAGUUUGCACCUGAGGAGAACAUCUCGCAGAAGUUACUGCCCACGUAUAGA